CCCCCCCGUCCGCAGGGGCGUGGGGCGGGCGGAAGUUCCCGCCGCCGGGAAGAUUCUGGGCGCGCGCGGGGUAUUGUGGGGCGGAGGAGCCGCAACGAGCAGCGCCGCUGCGAUGAUGCCAACACCGGUUAUCGUGCUGAAGGAGGGGACGGACACCUCACAGGGGAUCCCCCAGCUCAUCAGCAACAUCAAUGCCUGCCAAGUUAUCGCAGAAGCCGUGCGCACUACCCUGGGACCUCGAGGCAUGGACAAGCUCAUUGUGGAUGACCAGGGCAAAGCCACAAUCUCUAAUGACGGUGCCACCAUCCUGAAGCUCCUUGAUGUUGUCCAUCCUGCUGCAAAGACGUUGGUGGACAUCGCCAAAUCUCAAGAUGCAGAGGUUGGUGAUGGCACCACGUCUGUAACUCUGCUUGCUGCUGAGUUCCUGAAACAAGUGAAGCCCUACGUGGAGGAAGGCCUCCAUCCCCAAAUCAUCAUCCGUGCCUUCCGCACAGCAACACAGCUGGCUGUAAACAAGAUCAAAGACAUCGCUGUUUCAGUGAAGAAAGAAGAUAAAGAUGAGCAGAGAAGCCUGCUGGAGAAGUGUGCGGCCACAGCCCUGAGCUCCAAGCUGAUCUCGCAGAGCAAGGAGUUUUUCUCCAAGAUGGUUGUAGAUGCUGUCAUGAUGUUGGACGACUUGUUACAACUCAAAAUGAUUGGAAUAAAGAAGGUGCAAGGAGGUGCUCUGGAAGACUCUCAGCUGGUGGCCGGAGUGGCCUUUAAGAAGACGUUCUCCUAUGCUGGGUUUGAAAUGCAGCCCAAGAAGUAUCAGUCUCCCAAGAUUGCCUUGCUGAAUGUGGAGCUGGAGCUCAAAGCAGAGAAGGAGAACGCUGAAGUCAGAGUAAACACAGUGGAGGAUUACCAGGCCAUCGUGGAUGCGGAGUGGAACAUCUUGUAUGACAAACUAGACAAAAUUCACAAAUCUGGAGCAAAAGUGGUCCUGUCCAAGCUUCCCAUCGGUGAUGUGGCCACUCAGUACUUUGCGGACAGAGACAUGUUCUGUGCUGGCCGUGUCCCAGAGGAAGAUCUCAAGCGUACUAUGAUGGCCUGUGGUGGUUCCAUUCAGACGAGUGUCAACGCCCUGUCGGAUGCUGUUCUGGGCCGAUGUGAACUCUUUGAGGAGGCUCAGAUUGGAGGAGAGAGGUAUAACUUCUUCACAGGCUGCCCGAAGGCAAAGACAUGCACAAUAAUCCUGCGAGGGGGUGCGGAGCAGUUCAUGGAAGAGACAGAACGGUCCCUGCACGAUGCCAUCAUGAUAGUCAGGAGAGCAAUCAAGAACGACUCGGUUGUUGCUGGCGGUGGUGCGAUAGAGAUGGAGCUUUCCAAAUACCUGCGAGACUAUUCCAGGACCAUUCCAGGCAAGCAGCAGCUGCUGAUAGGGGCUUAUGCUAAAGCCCUUGAGAUCAUUCCCCGACAGCUGUGCGACAAUGCUGGCUUUGAUGCCACCAACAUCCUGAACAAGCUCCGGGCCAAGCACGCGCAGGGUGGAAUGUGGUACGGCGUGGAUGUGAACAAUGAGGACAUCGCUGACAACUUCGAGGCCUGCGUGUGGGAACCAGCUGUAGUGCGCAUCAAUGCGCUGACGGCGGCCUCCGAGGCCGCCUGCCUCAUCGUCUCCGUAGACGAAACCAUCAAGAACCCCCGUUCCACCGUGGACGCUGCACCCAGUGGACGGGGCCGGGGGCGAGGAAGGCCCCACAACCACUGAGACCUCGCUCCUUGGCGUGGUGACAGGGGCUGGCGCUCUCCUCCCAAUGUGCUAAGUGAAAAUUAAUUGAUUUCUCACUUAAUUACUGGGCCGUUCACCAGAUGGUUAUUUUGAGGUCUUACAGGCAACCUCUGGCCUUGUUUAAUUAGCGUCAAAUCUUGGCCCGGGCAGUGGCAACCUCCUGCGAGAGGCCCUGCCCCAACAUUUCCUACACAGCACUGAUCCCCUUAGGCUCGCCUCGUCCUUCUGCUGGGAAGUGGCGCCGAGCAGAGCCCUCCAGCGCUGGCAGGUACGCGGUGAGCGUCUGGGCUUGGGUUGUAUUUAUACUGUUUUGUUUUUUUCCCCUGCAGUGGGGUUUGAACCCAGGCUCCAACACAAUAAAAAGAUGGCCGUAUGUCAGUGGCA